AUGGAGUCCACAUCAAUCCCCGUGCUGGUUGCUGGACUUGUUGAUUGUGUAGCCCAGUUAAUAAGAAUAGCUGAAGAGCUUUUACAGCUGAUUUCACAGGAACAAGUUCCUUGUGUAGAGCAGAAUGAUAGAGCAGAAGAGAUAGAAGUGGAUGCAUCUUCUCCUGAGGAGGCUUCGCUCCCAGACCUUGCUGAUUUCUCAGACUUAGAGUCAAUACUUAUACCAAGAGAAGAUGAAGACCUAGUCCUUGACAUAGAUCAAGCGAUGGUAGACAUAGAAGACUUAUAUGAAGAUGUACUCUCCAGUAUAAAUGAUGACCUAAGAAGUGGUUAA